UUAUUCUAUCCAGCAAUCUCAGUUUGAGGGUUUUUCUCAACGUCCUCCACCAUGUCCCAGCUCGAGACAGCCAUGGCCAUUCUGAUGAGGACCUUUGAUAUGUACGCUGGAGCUGAGGGCAGCAAGGCCACCCUGAGCAAGGGGGAAGUGAAGACCAUGAUGGAGAAGGAGCUCCCAUCACUCUUGAAGGGAGCUAAGAACCAGGGUGAGGUGGAUAAGCUGAUGAAGUCCCUGGACUACAACGGAGACUCUGAGGUGGACUUUAGUGAGUUUGUGGUCCUGGUCGCUGCUUUAACUUGCGCCUGCCACGACCGUUGCGCCAAGAAGUGAAGCUUUCCAUCUGUGAUUCACUAGCCUCUGACUAUGACUUGUUUUCCAUACCCUUCGGUGUUUGUCUAUGUCUGCUGUAGUGUGCACACGUCUGAUGUCAGCAGACAGUUCACAAUGUGUUUGCUUUAUAAACAAAAUAUACAUUUAAA